CUCGGUGCACUGGCGGUGACUCACACAGUCAGUGUAAGGCGAGUCUAAUGUGUUGUCUUGUUACCCAGUAACCUUGUAACCGUUAAUGUUGAAAACACAGUGACUACAGGUUAUUAUUAUUAUUAUGAUGGAAACGAUUUAUAAAACCGUCGUACUACAAAAUAACAUAACAGGUAGUUCAUCUGUACGGUUUAAAACUACGGUAUCAGCGAGCAUGGUCGACGACGUACAGGAAUACGUUGUUUUAACGCCCAAAGGCAAAACUACCAAUUCGACGAUAUUGGUAGUCGAGCGUUGCGCCAGUAAACAGCAAAAUAAUGGAAAAAGCAAUGUACACGUUGCCGGAGGAGAACACCAUGGCAUCAUCGUUAACAAAACAGCAGUUUCACACGAUAAUGGUGAGAUUUCAAAUCCGGAUGUUACAUUGGAAUUCAAAGUGUAUCUGGUGAAUGCGCAGACUGGAGCUCAUACUCGGGAGAGUAGAAUUUUGAGAUUUUCGUUUAAACCGAAUGUACUUCUCAGCGAACAGUCUACCAUCGCUCAGCAUAUGUUUAAAGAUUUAGUCAGCCCUACUGAAUUUCCCAGAGAUUAUGUGGGAUUUAUUAAAAAAAUCAUGAAGUUGAUGCAGAAUCAGUACGUGACAGUCAAGAAAAUCGAAGUCGAAUUAAAACAAUUGGAAGAAAUUGAAGAAAUACCCAAAAGACCUCUUUCCGCCGAUGAAUCUAUAUUAGGAAAAGCUUCCGAACUGACCGAGAAGAAGUUGCUCGAUGUUAUUGAGUCAUCGUAUCCUAAUCCGGUCACGGUUCAAGAACUGAGCGUGCAUUACGGCUGGGAAGAAAACCAGAUUAAAAACUACCUGAACGAUUUACAAAGCAAAGGCCUAGUUAAGCCGUUAGAUCAUGGAGCAUUUACUAGAAGAGUUCAAGAUGAUGUUGAUGUUCAGAUCGUAAAACAAAUGCCAACCAUCGUGAGCGCCAAGCAACCCACGAUCGCCAUAAUAACCGCCCAAUACUGCGAAAAAGUAGCCGUCGACGCUUUGAUCGAAAAUAAAGAAACAUACGUGAGAUACACGACCGUAGGUGAUGAUGAUAAUUCUGAUUGUGAAUCGAAUCAUGGCCAUAUUACGGAAAAAACUAUCUUUACUACGCGGUUUGGUGAAUCGAAUGUAUACACAUUGGGUAAUAUCGGUAUACAUAGAGUUGUUUGUACGAAACUACCAACGGUAGGACAUACCAGGGAAGCAAUGAUUGCGGCUGGAAACACCACUACUAGGUUACUAGGAACAUUCCAAAAAGUGGAUUACGUAUUAUUGGUCGGAGUAGGUGGAGGAGUACCUCACUAUACAGAUUAUAAAAAACACGUAAGACUCGGCGAUGUGGUUAUUUCUCACGCAGUUGAUGGCAAAAUGCAAGUUUACACGUAUUGCGAGAACGCCAAACAUGAUCCCGAGAGUGGAACUUACGAAUUUGAAACCAAAGACUACCAUCCGACCAAUUUAGUUCUACAAGAAAUUGCUUCCAAGUUGAAAUCUGAGACUGAAAAUAGUCCUAGUAUAGCUCCAUGGCUUAAAUACAUAGAACAAGGCAAGAAAUCGUUGAAGAAAGAAAACAAUCAAGAUUUUUCCAGGCCUUCGGUCGAAUCAGAUAAAUUAUACAUGUGCAUAGGAGAAAAAGCUAUCAUCGAAGUGGCUCAUCCUGUUCCAACCGAUGGAGAUAAUAAAUUCGAAGGCAUUCCGAGAAUCCACACAGGACCAAUAGCAGCCGGACGUGUGGUCGCCAGAGACGAACAGCUAAGACAAGCUUUCGCCUUACACAGUUCAGCUUUGGCAUUCGAUUCAGAAUUCGACUCGGUUAUAGAAUCGGUCAUCGGAAGCUGUAGGGAAAGUUUCGCCAUAGUUAGAGGUAUCGCUGACUACAGAGAUGGCACCAAGAGAUCCGAAUGGCAGCCUUUUGCUUCGAUGAGUGCUGCAGCUGUUGUUAAAGCCAUUAUCGAUAUGAUGGAAGAGUCAUGAUCGCAAUACAUUUAGCAUCGAGAUAUUUGCUUUUACGUUUUGUGUUUAUCUAAUCAUUUUUUUUAUUCGUUCAUUUUUUUUUUACGCAGAUUCUUCUCAUAAUAUGCGUUAUGAUGAAUCAUGAUUUUGUUUUAUAUAUAUAUUUUUUUAGAUAUUUAUUCUUUUAGUUACCUGUUUAAAAUUUACGUAAAAGAUAGCGUUGUUUUUGUUUCGCCUUUAAUUAUGUGUUCGUAUUAACAUAUCGGCUGUUAUUGUUCGUUUUCAUGUUUGCCAGAGGUUGAUAGAUUAUUGAGUGAGUUAGGGCGAAAUGCUUCUGUUGUGUAUGACUAAUGUCGUUAUCGUUUUUCAUAAUUUAUUUUGAUUGUUUCGUUGAUUUAUUCACUCGUUAGAGUUGUACGUAUGAAACGAGUUGCCUGCAAAAGGUGCUGUUAUUUUGUGUUUUUGCUAUAAGCUGAUUUAACUAAGAUGAUUCUCAAGAGGUGGUUGUAAAAGUUGCGUAAUUCAACUUUCUAUCGAUAUAUUUCGUAGCACUAGUAAUUUCAACGAUUAUACGUAUUAUUUAUUUAUCGUUUAAAUAAUUUCUAGUCCGCCUUUAUUACCCUAGUUUUUGAUUACAUUUUGUUAUACGUAAUUAUUUAAAUCAUCAAAAAUUAAAGCACUAGAAAACUAA